UUGAUCAAACGAGCAAUCUUAACCGCUGCCAAGAGAAACAACCCCGUUCAAGGUACUGUUUAGGUGCGCAUGUGGCUACCGCAUCAGGAAAGAGAAUGUCGAGACAUGUCACCGAAAUCUGUUGAUUCCUGGUACACUUGGUGCUUGGAAUGCUCGAACUCAGCAAGUAAAACAUACAGGUACCCGUGCUCUUGCCUGAUGCAUUCUUCUACUUCCCCGUCAAAAAGACACUUGGUACAAGAAAUGCACUACAUCAAUCAGGCAACUUCCAAACAAUCAUCGAUUCCCGCUGUGCAACGGUGCCCUUCUCCCCUUCUAGCCCAUGACCCAAAUCUAACUACGUCGGGCAACUUCCCAACCUCUAUCAAUUACCGUGGCAGCAGAAUGGCAGUUCGUACAACUCUAGCGGGGUCGUUAUACCCUGCAAGCUCACCACCCGAAACCCCCACGUUAGGCAAGAUCACAAAAAACCGUCGAUUACAGCGAGGAUCCGGUGCCCCUCGGUGCCCCUCGCGCCCUUGGCCGCACCAGCCAACAUACCCUCUUCGGCAACUUUUGGCACAACCAUCGAUCGCAGCUGCCCUUUCGUGCCCUUUCCACGCGACAACUAGCACUCCAACCAAUAACCGUUGCACGCCGUCGUGCCCUCUGUGCCCCUUGGUGCAGGCCACCGGAACCCUCAAAUUACCCUAUACAGUAACUUCUAACCCAACCAUCGAUGCCUGCGGAGCACGUACAUGUGCAUAUGUCUCUUUCAAGACACCACCGCAGGAAAUACACGUUGUAGCGUCGUACGUCCAGGCGGUGAGGUGGUUCACGAGACCCUUGAAUGGAGGCUGAAUGACGUCGUUUGCUCCGCGUGCGCAUGCAGCUUAUCGAGCACUUGUCACCAAUGGGACCCGACAUGUCCGUGUUUGCAUCUACGCCCACCGCUUCCACGAUAUACACAAACUUC